AUGAAAUACUUAGUGAAUGGAACUAAAAUUGCCACCCUAAUAAUUAGAAAUGGUAAAGAUGAACUUAGAGUUUAUAAUAUAGACAAAAAUGGUGGUACAGAAGUUGUGGCAUCAAUUAUUUUAGAUGGAAUAAUAGAUUUCAUUUGGGCAUCACAAACCAGUAGAAAGAAGAGAACUUCUAAUGGAAGUAAUAAAGAAAGUAAAGAUAGUGAUAUCUUAGUGGUUUUAUUAAAGAAUAAUGAUUUUGUUAUUAUUUCCCAAGAGUCUGAAAUUAAUAGAUUUAACAUUGGUGAAGAAAUAAAAAAACUUGUGCAUUUUGAUGAAUACUUAUGGGCAACAAGUACUAAUGAUAAAAUAUUGAAAAUAUCACUCACUGGACAAGUAAAAGAACAAGUUCAUGCACCUAGUUUUACCACCAUAGAUAUCAAUAAGAAAACAGUAGCAUUGGGAAGCAGUGAUUUAAAGAUUGGGAAAAUUUCUAGGGGGAAAUUUGUAAGUCAAAGUGAAAUUACCCUUGAUGAAAAGGUGACUAAAAUCAUACAAGGAGAGCACAUGGUUGCGUUGACCAAUGAUAAGAAUGCAUAUUUGAUUCAAGAUCCAAUCCAGAAAAUUGCUGGCGAUAUCAACCAUAUUCAAUUUUUAAACUACCAAGGCAAGGACUACAUACUAGCAAUCAACAAUUCCAUAUACUUUUACAAUGGCGGAAAGCUUGAAAACACCAUUGCAAGUGAUAGAUCAUUGAUGGGUGUUGUAUGUGUGGAAAAUUCACUUGUGGCAUUUUGGGAAGGAACUAAUGAACUUUUGUUCAAACUAAUUAACUGGAACGAUCAAGAAAUUUCAAUUCCUAAUGGUUCUGCACAAUUGAAUGGGAGUGGCUCCAGAGCUCAUAUUGAAGUUCCUCAUCAUACUAAAGUUAAAGAAAUAGAUAGUGAAAGUUUAUUAAAGUCAUUAAACAAACAAAAGGACAGUGCUUCAAUUAUUGAACUUUGUUCCGCUGUUAAUGAUGCUGCUGUUGUCAAAGAUGUUACCAAACAGAUCGGAUUGGAAUUAUUCCCAACUAUCAAUGAAGGUGUCAUCAAGGAUGCAACAAACGCCAAUCUUGCCUUAUGGCUUAAAUGGAUCUUGUUGUUUUACGGGGGUCAUAUUUCUACACAACAGGAUACCGGAUCUGUUAAAAAUUUGAAGUCGCAACUUGAAAACGGGUCUAAACUCAUUCCCCAUUUAGUUUCCAUCAAGGGAAAAUUACAGCUUUUAAAAUUACAAAAUGAAAUGAGAAAGAAAAGUCCAGUGGGAGAAGUGACCACGACAAUUGAGGAUGACAGUCUAAUUUACGUAAACGGGGAAGCUGAAUGA